AUGGAAUCAAAAGCAAGCAAUUGGCGAUCCUAUCCUUUUCCCCGAUUCAUGACAAAACGCACAAGCCAGCCUGAAACAUGGUCUGUGCCAUCCGAAACGCUUGAAAUAAGCGUUGCAGUUGGGACGAGGACAUUUAGCACAAGUGUAAUACUCUUGAACGUCUACAACUUCGUAUCCAAGGGACCUCGCCUGUUUGAGGAAAAACCAUCAUACCACCAAACAAUUCCUCUGUCUGUGACGAGACGAUGGAUAUCCUGCCCUUCCGAGCCAGCCAUUGUACUUGCUCAGGAGCGAUUCCUUGAAAACUCAUUGCUAGAAGUCCAAUACUCAUUAAAUAUCAGUUAG